AUGGGAUUCUUCGAUGAUGAAGCGCGAGAAAUUUAUGAUGGAAAAGAUAUUCAUGAACUUAAUGAUAUUUUUGUAAAAAAUGAAGAUAUCGCUGAGAAAUUAAGGAAACUCGUGCCUAAAGCUCAUCGUAAGCUUAUUAAUGAGAAUAAAGAUCAUACUGGAGACGAAGAAGAAGUGGCGACUAAUAGAGCUGGAAACAUUAAAUUUAAAUCUGAAAUAGUAGACAUUAAAUCGUUCCAACACCUUAAUGAUGUAAUGAAAAAUUCUGUUCAAGAAAAUAAAAAUGUUAAAGCUGUUGGAUCUUUUGCAGCUUUUAGUAAAGUAACAGAAACAAACGGAUACCUUCUAAAGCCAGAGAAAAAACCUCAUGUAGCAAAAACGGAUUUGAAUUUAUUAAACGAAGAAGCUAUAUCUCAAGCUCAAAAAGAUGAUAUCGUAUAUUAUGAUGUGAGGUGGGGAACUGUGAUUUACGAAAUUCUUCCCGCCUUGAAAAAAGAUAAUAGAGCUUUUUUUAACGUUGGUGGAUGGACGGGACAGGACGUCAUUGGUAUAAAUGCAACAUCUACUCACGGCAGUGGCAUCAAACUACCACCCUUGUGCUCACUUAUAGUUUCUGUGCUAAUGGUUGUUCCAGGAGACAAAAUUUAUAAAGUAGAACCAACAAAAGGAAUCACGGAUCCCUCCAAAUUUAGCCAGAAGUUUCCAGAUAGAACUUUAAUCCAAGAUGAUAAAACGUUUAAUGCUGCUGUAGUAACUAUUGGCGCUCUUGGUGUGACCUAUGAAGUGACUGUUUGGACAAUUCCCUUGUAUAAUAUUAUAGAAAGAAGGGAAGAAAUUACUUGGACACAAGCCAAAUCUAUCCUAAAGCAGAAACCUUAUUCCACAAAUCCUUAUUUGAAAUUCCGUAAUACUGAAAUUUGGAUAAGCCCAUAUACAGAUUACGCUUUGAUUACUUUAAGAGAUUUGGCGACAAAUGAAGAUGUGAAAAACUAUCCAAAACCCAAGACCAAGGAACUCUUUCAAGAAUUUAUUUCAUUACCUGUAGUGAAAGAGAUAUCAAGUGUUUUAAGCGUUGAUGUGGGUGCGGCUUUAUAUUUGUUAUUGCACCUGUUCCCAGCUAUAAUACCAUUUGUCAAUGAAGAAGCUUUGAAAACUCAAUAUCACAAAGAUCCAGUUGUUGAUAGUUAUGAAUUAAUUUAUAAUGCUCUCGGUUAUGGGUUUGUUAAUGAUUUUAAAGUAAUUUCAGUAGAAUUUUCAUUUUCAAUGAAGGACGAUAACCACAUAUUAGCAACAGACGCAAUUUUGAAAACACUUAAAGAACUACGAGAUAAGCAUAAUUUAAAUAUUCAUGGGCCAGCCUCUAUGAGAUUUUCUGCUGCUUCGCCACAAUAUCUUUCUAUGGGAAAUGGAAGUAGCGAUGAGACCAGAGCAUAUUUGGAAAUGAUUAUUUUGGACGUUUGGAUUGAUCAUUAUAAACGUGUAUUUGAUUCAUUGACUGAAACUGCACUGAAAUUUAAUGCAAGAUGCCAUUGGGGGCAAUAUUUUUCUUCCAAACUUGAUCAUAAAUAUUUAAACAAAGCAUAUGGUGCUCAAAAUGUUGAUUCAUUUAUUGAACAGAUUAAGAAAUUUGAUCCAAAUGGUAUAAUGAGUAAUUCUUUAUUAAAAAAGUUAGGAUUGACACCUGACGGAAAAGUAACAGACUAUGCUGACUAUGGAGUUUUAGAAAUUAUUAGUGAAAAGCUUAAAGAGGG